GUUUUCGUUAACAUAAUUAUGAAGUUGAAUAAUAAAAUUGGCUGUGUAUAAUAGGUGAGUAAACAUGCGAUGCAAACUUCCAUAACUGCAAUUCGCAUUCCAUUUUCAUUUGUCAAACCCUAAAAGCACAAAUCUCAGUUUUCACAUUUCCAAUCUCUCUACGUUCUCAUUUCUAUAUCAUACGCGUUGCGUAUGAUAUAUAUGUAUAUACACAUAUAUAUGGAUCUAUCUCUAUCUCAUGCAUGCCCUGUAUUAACUUGUGAGCUGUGAGGAUCUGUAGCAAAACUGAAAUUCACGCUGAAACUCCCCUUCUUUCCGUUUCAAAUUCUAAAUUCUAAAAGCGGUGGAGCAUUUCCCCUUGGUUAGUUGUGAUAUUUCCUUGGCUGAAAGUGGUACCUGUGCAGGCAAUUCAGAGGACCAAAUCUCGAAUUGAAUGUGGCCUUGGUAGUUCAUUUGAUAAUUUAUGGUCCUAUUAGGGGGUAAUUAUUCACCCUUCGGACUGUAAUAGCAGGAAUAAAGGAAACAGCAAAAUGCCACCACCAAGCAAAGCCGAUAAGAAGGCUACACUUGAUGCAGCUGCAUGGAUGUUCAAUGUAGUCACUUCAGUUGGGAUCAUAAUUGUUAAUAAAGCCUUAAUGGCUACUUAUGGCUUCAGCUUUGCUACAACAUUGACUGGUUUGCAUUUUGCUACCACAACCUUAAUGACGGCUGUUCUAAGGUGGCUGGGUUACAUCCAACCUUCUCAUCUACCUUUACCAGAGCUUCUAAAAUUUAUCAUAUUUGCAAAUUUUUCUAUAGUAGGAAUGAAUGUCAGCCUAAUGUGGAAUUCAGUGGGAUUUUACCAGAUUGCGAAGCUGACUAUGAUCCCUGUAUCCUGCUUAUUGGAAGUCGUGUUUGACAAGAUUCGAUAUUCGAGAGAUACAAAGCUUAGCAUCUUAGUCGUACUCCUUGGUGUUGCUGUCUGCACAGUUACUGAUGUGAGUGUUAAUGCCAAGGGCUUCAUUGCUGCUUUUAUUGCAGUUUGGAGUACAGCACUGCAACAGUAUUAUGUUCAUUUUCUUCAGAGAAAGUAUUCUCUGACGUCAUUCAAUCUACUGGGUCACACUGCACCAGCUCAGGCUGCAUCACUAUUGUUGUUAGGCCCAUUUCUCGACUAUUGGUUGACAAACAAGAGAAUUGACGCCUUUGACUUCCAUUUGCAGUCUGUGGUGUUUUUGGUCCUAUCCUGCACAAUUGCAGUGGGGACUAAUCUCAGCCAGUUCAUCUGCAUUGGAAGAUUCACUGCUGUCUCGUUCCAAGUGCUCGGCCAUAUGAAAACUAUUCUUGUACUUAUCCUCGGUUUCUUAUUUUUCGGCAAAGAGGGCCUUAAUGUACAAGUAGUUAUAGGCAUGAUCAUUGCAGUCAUUGGUAUGAUCUGGUAUGGCAAUGCCUCUUCAAAGCCCGGAGGCAAAGAAAGACGUAGCUAUUCAAUCCCAAGAGGCAGUCAACAAAAGCAUGCAGGCUUAACAGAUUCUUCAGAAGUCGAUGAGAAAGUAUAAUAAGAUUUUCUAGUGUUGGUGGAAAGUUUUUUUCUUUUUUAUCAUACGAAAGUGAUAUCCGAUAUUGGAUUUUUUCAUCAUCUGAUUAUAGUACAUUGCCAUUCAUGGAGUUAAUUAUUUAGUGGAGCCAUUUGUAAUUUUAAAACAUGUAUAAUUAUUUAUCGGAUCUGUUCUGGCUGUACUUGAUGGAGAUGGAUGCUUUGUGGAAGGAUUUCCCAGUGAACCUGAUUUGAAAUUGUGUUUUUGCCCUUUGAUCAUAAUUUAAACUUUAUAGUCACGAAGAUCGUGUUUCUUGCUCGUAUAAUUCCAUUUUAUCAGUUGCGAGAAUGUUCUUUCUUACACAUUAAUGCAUUAAUUCUAAUUACAAUUU